AAUUACUUCCGUUGCCUUAUAUGAUAAAUAAAUUGCUAAACGCGUUCGCUGUUUUGUCAUUAUUAAUUUACUAAUAAAUUCAUUAUUUCCAAUGUUCAAACUUGGUUGAAACUGUACAAAUGGUGGCUACUCGUUACCUCACUCUGACCUCGGCUCGCCGGGGCUCUUGUUUUCAGAGACACCGAAACCCACCCACCCACCCACGCACGCACGCACGCUCGCUCGCUAUCUCUCCUUACUCCCAGCGUGACGUUUUCCCUGGCGCCCGGUUAGCUAGCUUCUAAGCUAGUUAGCUAGUUAGUUGUUGUACCUAGUUAAUUAACAGGGUUCACCGGAAUCGGUAAACGUUAGCUGUCGGUUUCGGUCAUGGACGACGAAAGCUACCCCAAGACCCUGUAUGUGGGAAACCUCUCCAGGGAUGUAACGGAGAUCUUGAUUCUGCAACUCUUCACCCAGAUCGGACCUUGCAAAAGUUGUAAAAUGAUCACAGAGCAUACAAGCAAUGACCCCUAUUGCUUCGUGGAGUUCUUUGAACACAGAGAUGCUGCUGCAGCUCUUGCAGCCAUGAACGGGAGGAAGAUACUAGGAAAGGAGGUCAAAGUAAACUGGGCCACCACUCCAAGUAGCCAGAAGAAAGACACAUCCAAUCACUUCCAUGUUUUUGUGGGAGAUUUGAGCCCUGAGAUCACCACCGAGGAUGUCAAGGCUGCAUUUGCACCUUUUGGGAAAAUCUCGGAUGCCCGUGUUGUGAAGGACAUGACGACAGGCAAAUCAAAGGGGUAUGGAUUUGUGUCCUUCUACAACAAACUGGAUGCAGAGAAUUCCAUCAUUAACAUGGGGGGACAGUGGCUUGGAGGACGCCAAAUCAGGACCAACUGGGCAACACGUAAACCACCAGCUCCAAAAAGUGUCCAGGACAACGGCUCAAAGCAGCUGCGGUUCGAUGACGUGCUGACUCAGUCCAGUCCACAGAACUGUACUGUGUACUGUGGAGGGAUCCAGUCAGGACUGUCAGAACACCUAAUGCGCCAGACCUUCUCACCGUUUGGUCAAAUAAUGGAAAUCAGAGUUUUCCCAGAGAAAGGAUACUCUUUCAUCAGGUUUUCCUGCCACGACAGUGCUGCCCAUGCCAUUGUUUCAGUAAAUGGCACGGCCAUUGAAGGACACAUAGUGAAGUGCUUCUGGGGCAAAGAAUCAACGGACGUAGCAAAGAAUCCACAGCAGGUUGAGUACGGUCAGUGGGGUCAGUGGAAUCAGGUCUAUGGGAAUCAACAACAACAACAGCAACACCAGCAGCAGCAACAACAACAACAACAACAACAGCAGCAGCAGCAGCAGCAGUAUGGGCAGUAUGUGACAAAUGGGUGGCAAGUUCCCUCCUACAGCAUGUACGGCCAGACGUGGAACCAGCAAGGAUUUGGAGUAGAGCAGUCCCAGUCACCAUCCUGGGUGGAGGGCUUUGGAUCCCAGUCAGGCCAGGCUGCGGCCCCACCCGCUCAAGUCCUGUCCAACCUGGCCAACUUUAGCAUGGCUGGCUACCAAACACAGUGAGCCGGCCCCCACCUAAGUGUAGAACCAAGAGGAUUUGGUCAACCCUUUUAGACACACAGCACUCUUUCAUCUGGGCAGACGCUGUGUUUGAAGAAGGCCAGGGGGCCAUAUUCACAACGCCUUUGUAGCUAAUCAUUGCUCCAAAAGCACCGGUUAAUUUAGAAAUAGUUAAUAUGAUCAUCACUUGUAGUUCUGUUAUGGAAAAGUGCUCUUGGGCCAACUGUCUUGGUCAAAGUAGACGUUAAAGGACACUCCAACCUUUUGAAUGUGUGGCCGUGUGAAACCAGACCCGGUGUGUGACGAAGGACUGAGUAGCCUUGGCUUGCUUACUGGACAGCCAUCAUUACACCUUUUUAAUGCCUCUGAUCUCACACUGGAUAAGUUAACCAAUGGGCCAAACCGUCAAAAAGUAAGUGUAGUCCUGCAAAAUGUAAUUGUUACCCUCCCGUAUUCCGAAUUUGAGCAAAACAUGUAGUCAUAAAAACAUAAAAGCCACGGUAUUUGUGAUGAGUUACAAGCCAUCAUAUUACAUCUCACUGGAACAAGACAAAGGAUUUAAAUCAUGUAAACAAUAUCCACUUUCAAAAUGCCAAUAUGUUUUUUUAAAUAUAGUGUUUGUUUGUUACAGACUUGUCAAAAAUGUUAGUUUACUUGUCAUACUUUCACUGCAUAUUUCUGUAAUUUUAUACAACAGAAUACAAAACUUCACUCAAGUCUUCAUGCAUUGCUUACAUUCAUUUUUAGGUUGGUUUGUCAAAUGGCAUCGAGUGAGUGUUAUUGGUUAUGAAUUUGUGCUACAAUCUGCACUGAGCCAGAAGAAUGAACCAACCUGCUAAAAGUUGGUCUGGGCUGAGCUUCAGCUCAUAGCUAGAAAUUCAUUCCCGUUUUGAUAUAUUAAUGAUAAAUGCGUAGUGAAUAGAGGCCCUGCCAUGAUAGUUUACCUUUCGGUACAUGUGAAAAGACUAUUUGUAUAAACAACUGUGGCUUUAAAGGAGAUUUCUGCAAACGUGGUGUCUCUUGGGUACAUUUUGUGUACAAAGAAAAUUGUCAUCUACACAACUCUAAAAGCAAAAAAAAGAAAGAAAAGAAAAGACGUUUCUUUUUGUAUCCGAGUGAUCAGCAUGUUAUUUGCAGACUUUUGAUUCAUUUUAGUUUCCACCUUAAUGUAACCUAUAUUUGACUCAUUUGUAGUCCUGUAUCUCUCAGUAAAGGCUUUAGCACCGGCCCCCUUGAUAAAGAAAAGCUUUGUAAAGUUCACGGGUUCUGAGGGCUGGAGAGGUAUUGAAUACUCCAUAUUGUGUCUCUUCCCCCCCCCCCUUUCGAUAACUAAUUACUUUAUAGUCAUGGCUUUCUAAUGGCUGUUAUUUUCUACAAAUAACAUUCAACCUAAUUUAGCACCUGAACCAACAACCCCUGAUGGUUUUUGCAUCACAAAUUAUUUAGUCACUUCCUUGACUUGGACACUAAAAGACAAAUUGUAACAUUAUUUAGGCUUACUGAUUUUUGGGAUGUUUUAUUUUUACGAAAGUGGAAGGGUGCCUAAACGUGUCAUUGAUUCGUUCAGGACAGCAGGCACUUUUUUUUUUUAGUGCAUCCUGACAUUUCUCAGUAUUUGCAGACUCGUUCCUCAUAUUCCAGGUAACGUAUUUUAUUUUUAAGUUGACCGGCAAAUUUUGACGAGGGUUCCUCAAAGAUGUCCUGCCAUUUGCGUGUGUGCCACAUCUGUACAGUAUAUCACACUCAGCCGACAACCUUGGUCAUGUUUUCGUUUGUUUAUUAAACCUGGGGGAUGUUUGUGUAAAAAAAAAAAAUAUAUGAGAUAUAGGGUCAUGUUGGCCAAGAGUAUAAAUAUCAACCGUAAUCACAAAUCUUCAUGAAACUUUAGAAAUAAUGUACAGACUGUAGGUAGAAAUGCCAUCAUUACAUUUCAGCAAUAUGAUUGAUGAAUAAGCCUUAAUUGAUGUGUCGGUAAAUUCAUACUUUGUGUUUAUUUACAGAGGCUCUAUUACAAACCUAAAUUCUUUGCCAUUGUGGAUUUUCCCAUUUCUCAGUUUGUGAGCAGGUGAUGUUGCAGCUUGAACUGCACGCUUAUGACAUGUAAUACAUUUGUUGCUUAAAAUAUUGAAUGUAAUGGCAAUUUGCUUUUAUGACAAUAAUACAUAUAAGCUGAAUAAUAUAAAUGAUGUUUAAUAAUAAAGGAUGAAAUCAAUUUUCCAUUAAAACGGGAAAAUAAGUGACUUAAAAUAAAGAAACAUUUGAACCUG